GGAGAUCGUGGCCCAAUGGGAGCGGAUAUUAGCGUCGGCAAGCCGAUGAAUGGAGCCGAUUCCAGUUAUGCUAAUAUCCUCCCUUCCGUGAAAACUGGUGGUGGUGCCGUCCCUCCCACUACUCAAUCCCUUCGUGACCAGUCCGCAGAUCAGGCACAGGCGCAGGCACAACCUCUUCCCGACCCUCCCGCCUUCCUUCAUCACAUUUCGAACGACUCCAUCUCAAGUCCCUGGGGCAUCCCGCCUCAAGCAGAAAGCUCUCCUGCCCCUCUUCCAUCCUCUGUUUCUGCCUCAGCAACACCAUCUCCAACUCAACCUCUCUUUGUUAAUCAUCAUCGCGAACCCAUUCGUCCUUCCGUGCGACCGAACAGCAGCAGACAGCAAUCGCAGCAACAGCAGCAACAAAAUUUCCCAACUCUUAAGACGCAACGCAUGAUGCGAGCCGCUCCUUCUGCCGCCAUUAUGCUCGGUGAAUGCGGUGGUGCCUCUGGCGGCACCGGAGGUGGUGGUGGCAGUAGUAGUCAAUCAGACGUCAACGCGGCUGCUGCCGAUGGAGAUGUCUGCUUGGAUGCCAUCUACUCCUUUGGCGCGCUGAAGCGUUUGUGUGCAAGGCAUAUGAAGGAACUGGAGCAAGAAAAACACCGGCUUAAGGCAAGUUGA